CUCUCACUUUCUCUCUCCACUGCAACGUUUUUAGUGAGAGAAAAAGAAAACAGGGGAAAAUAAAUACUCUCUCUCUCUCUAUCUCUCUAUCUCUAGCUGCACCACCGGUUCAAAUCGCGUCUUUCUUUCGGUCCCCGUUUUCAACUCCAAGUCUCGCCCUUUGCACCGCCGUUCGCCGAAAGACCCGAUUUUCUCCGGCGGGUCGAUGCGAAGAUGCCGGUCUACAACUCGUCGUUCGUGAACACCGAGCUGUCCAAGCCCACCUCCAUCUUCGGCCUCCGCCUCUGGGUCGUCAUCGGCAUCUUCCUCGGCUCCCUCAUCGUCGUCGCGCUCUUCCUCCUCUCCCUCUGCCUCACCUCCCGCCGGCGCGGCGGCGGCGGGGGGAAGGGGGGCGCCGCCGCCUCCGCCGAGAAGCAGCGCCGCGGCGGAGGCGGAGGCGGCGGCGUCGGCCCCCACGACGCGCCGGCCGCCACGCCCCCCAUCUCGAAGGAGAUCCUCGAGAUCGUGCCGUCGGAGGCCCCCCGCGCGGCCCCGGCGCCGGAGAUCCAGAUCGACAUGGGGAAGGUGGAGCACCGGGUGGUGUACUCGGAUCGUUACUCGAGCGGGGAGAGCAGGGGGACGGAGAGGACCGAGACCGCGUCGCUGGGGAGCGGGAACGCGGGGCCCGAGGUGUCGCACCUGGGGUGGGGGCGGUGGUACACGCUGAGGGAGCUCGAGGAGGCGACGGGUGGGUUGUGCGAGGAGAAUGUGAUCGGCGAAGGUGGAUAUGGGAUUGUGUACAGCGGCGUGCUUGGCGAUGGGACGAGAGUCGCUGUGAAGAAUCUCCUGAAUAACAGGGGACAAGCUGAGAAGGAGUUCAAAGUGGAGGUUGAAGCGAUUGGGCGCGUAAGACACAAAAAUCUUGUCAGGCUGCUUGGUUAUUGCGUUGAGGGUGCUUAUAGGAUGCUUGUGUAUGAUUAUGUUGACAAUGGAAAUCUAGACCAGUGGCUUCAUGGGGAUGUAGGCGAGGUCAGCCCUCUUACGUGGAAUAUCCGUGUAAACAUUAUACUUGGAACCGCAAAGGGAUUGGCCUACCUUCAUGAGGGUCUUGAACCUAAAGUUGUCCACCGAGAUGUGAAGUCCAGCAACAUACUGCUGGAUCGACAAUGGAACUCUAAGGUGUCAGAUUUCGGACUUGCAAAGCUCCUUUGUUCUGAAAUGAGUUAUGUCACAACUCGUGUGAUGGGAACAUUUGGCUAUGUGGCACCAGAAUAUGCUUGCACCGGAAUGCUGAACGAGAAGAGUGAUGUCUACAGUUUUGGAAUACUGAUCAUGGAAAUAAUAACGGGCAGAAGUCCUGUUGAUUAUAGUCGACCAAAGAGCGAGGUGAAUUUGGUUGAAUGGUUGAAGGCCAUGGUUGGAGAUCGAAAAGCUGAGGAAGUUGUCGAUCCAAAGCUGCCUGAGAUGCCUGCUUCAAAAGCGCUCAAGCGGGUUCUUCUGGUCGCUCUUAGAUGCGUUGACCCUGAUGCAACGAAGAGGCCCAAAAUGGGUCAUGUAAUCCAUAUGCUUGAGGCCGAUGACUUGCUGUUUCGCGAUGAUCGUCAAAUUGGGAGAGACUCGUCGCACUCGAACCGGGAAUACCAACAGGACAACCAUGCUGGUGCAAGGUUAGGAAGUAAAGCUACAAGCGAAGUAACUUCCGAUUCGGGUAGAUGUGAUAGCGACAGGAACUAUCAUCAGCCAACUAGAUGGAGAUAACAAACACGAAGUGCACCUGCCAAGCAAAUAUAGAUACCAUUUUACUCAGGAAAUUGUCAUUUAUAUCUGAUUUAUGCAUUAGUUACACCAUUCGUCUUCUUUAUCUGUUUUCCCCCAGUGUACCUGCCACGAGUAGAGAAUCCUGUUGCUAUAAUUGGAAAACUUCAUUGGCCUCUUCUAUA